CAGAUAAGAUGAUGCCCCCCCUCCCAAUGCAAAGCCGAGCGGGCAUUGCUGCCGCCAGGGCAAAGAGAAGUCAUCGCCGCUUUACUUCCAGCCAAGGUUCCUGCGGGAGGUCGCGACUGGCUUGUUCGCUCCUCCUUCUACUCCUCCUACACCCCUGCAGGUUUCCAUUGGUAAAGCGGACCCAUUGCUGUUCCAGGGGAUCCCACCCUCGCCUGAGCGGUGCUGUCAUCUGGAACUUCACACUGAAUGAGCGCCAAACCUCUGGGACGAUAUAAAGGCGCUCCGCAAGCACUGGGAGGCACUUGGAAAAGAAGUGGCCGCAGAGGCAGAGAAGUACUUACGUUACAAGAGGCCCCGCGAUUGCUCUGACUAUGCUUGCUGCCGCUUUGCACCUCCCGAGUUUUCUGCUGGCUUGCGCGCUCCUUAAAAGCUGCGUGGCAUUCAAAAACGAUGCGACCGAGAUACUUUAUUCCCACGUUGUCAAAACCGUCCCGGCCAGCAGCCACAAUAACACCAUGAAUCAAGCGAGGCACGGAGGCAGGCAUGCAGGUUUCGAUCGGAACAGUCAAGUUCAAGUUGGGUGUCGGGAACUGAGAUCAACAAAAUAUAUUUCAGAUGGUCAAUGUACUAGCAUAAACCCUUUGAAAGAGUUAGUAUGUGCUGGGGAAUGCCUUCCUUUGCCAGUGCUACCUAAUUGGAUUGGGGGAGGGUAUGGAUCCAAGUACUGGAGCAGAAGAAGCUCACAAGAAUGGAGAUGUGUCAAUGACAAAACUCGCACCCAGAGGAUUCAGCUGCAAUGUCAAGAUGGAAGCACAAGAACCUACAAAGUAACUGUGGUUACAGCUUGUAAGUGUAAACGAUACACAAGACAACACAAUGAAUCAAGUCAUAACUUUGAAGGAGCAACUCAAGCCAAGCCAAAUCAACAACAUAAAGAAAGAAAAAGGAACAGUAAAUCCACGAAGCAGUCUCCAAGUUAGAACUUAAUGUAUAUGUGGGAUGUGUAUAUGUGUGUGUGUGUGCACGCACAUCGAUACACACACACACACACACACACACACACACACACACACACACACACACACACAAUCCUUAUUAAUGACCCUCUGUUUUACAGAUGUCACUAACUAACACAGGGAUCUUCAAACUUGGUCCUUUUAUGACUUGUGGACUUCAAUUCCCAAAAUUCCUAAGCCAGCAUGCCCGGCUGAGAAAUUCUGGGAGUUGAAGUCCACAAGUCAUAAAAAGGCCAAGUUUGAAGACCCCAGAACUAACACAACCCGUCUUAUGUUGUGGUAUAUAUACAUUUGGGUAUAUAUACAUUUGCGGUUUUGACCAAACUCAGAAGGGCAUUAUUUUCUGAAGGAUUUUUUAGAUGUGACCCUUCAUAUUUUAAAGCUGGCCUAUAAGCCUACAGUUUAUUGGUUUAUAUACACAUAUCUAAAUAAAUAAAAUGAAUAUUUGUUGCCAUGGGAAGUCAAACAUUUUAUACUGCAGACAGCAGCUAUUCUGAAUUUUUCAGGGGCACUUUCCAGAUCACAUAUUUUUAUUGGCAGCAGACAUCUUGUUUAAAAUAAAUGUUUUAAUUAGGCUUUAUCAGAGUGAAAUUAAGACAUUUGUUUUAAAAAAAAGAUGUUGUUUGCCUGGGAUUAUUUUUCCCCAUAAUAUAACUAUAUGAACAAAUUGCUCAACAACAAAAAAAUAAAGCAAGAAAAAAUGAAAUUUGAAUAAAACCUAUUUAUUUGACAUUGUAAUUAUUUAAUGAAUUUUAAUAUGCUUUAUAUUUUUAAGAUGGUUUUCUGAUAUCUUUACCAUUCUUUCAAGCAUCAAAAUAUUUUCCUAUGAUUUGUUACCAAAUUAGAAUAUAUCUGUAGAUAAUGUAAAUAGAUAUUUUAACCUUUAUACUUUUUCUUAAAAAAAAGAAACACAUUUCAAGUGAGAAAUUCUAAAAAUGUUUUGUAAAUACUUUGUAAAAUGCAUUUUUGCAGUCCAAAGAUUGACUUGUCAAUUUCAUGCAUUUUAAAUAAAAAAAUUCUAAUAAUUAUAUAUUUGUUUUUAUGAUGUAAUAAA